AUGCUAGCGGCACUCAACAGCAACAUCCGUGCCCACGAGGACGAGGCAGUCGUCAAUUCCGCUAAGCUGCCUGCCACCCAUUCCCCCUUCUUUCGCCCUCCUUAUAUGGCCCACGUGCGCAUGCUAGCAGCGCUCAACAGCAACAUUCUAGCACAUGAAGACGAGGCAGUGUUCAAGUUCUCCCACCUGCCUCUCAGCUGCCUAUCACUUGCCUGCUCAUGUGCCCUCCCCCACCAGGCGCACGUGCGCAUGCUAGCGGCGCUCAACAACAACAUCCUGGCUCACGAGGACGAAGCGGUCUUCAAGUUCUCCCAGCUGCCUGUGGCGGGCGGCAGUCAGAUCUACCUGGGCCUUCCCUGCACUGUCACGCACGCUGUGACUCAUGGAAGCCCUUUAUAUUGCCUCUCGCACUCGGACGUUGUCGUGGGGGACGUAUGCUCCCAGUCCUUUCGUGCUUCCCUUUUUGAGAAUUCUCAAAAGAAAGUCACGUGCGCUGCUCGUUUUCCGCCUCCUUCCUCUGCUCAGAUGAUGGAGCGAUCGGACUUCGAGAUUCUGGUGCUGCUGGAGGCAGUGAUGAUGGAGCGGUCAGACCUUGAGAUCCUGGUGUUGCUGGAGGCGGUCGACUGCUCCACGUCUGCCAGUAGUCUCAUCUCCUUGUAUUCACAUCCUCUGCUCACUUCCCUGUUCUUCCUCGUCCCCCGCUCUACCCAGAUGAUGGAACGAUCUGAUCUUGAGAUCCUGGUGCUGCUGGAGGCGGUCGACUGCUCCACCUCUGCCACCCUGCAAGGAAGAUGGUCUAUCGAGCUGCAAACGGCCGGCGCUGUGUGGUAUGUCCCUCCCCAGCCUCUCCCCAGCCUCUCCCCAGCCUCUCCCCAGCCUCUCCCCAGCCUCUCCCCAGCCUCUCCCCAGCCUCUCCCCAGCCUCUCCCCAGCCUCUCCCCAGCCUCUCCCCAGCCUCUCCCCAGCCUCUCCCCGCCUCUCCCCGCCUCUCCCCGCCUCUCCCCGCCUCUCCCCGCCUCUUCCCGCCUCUCUGCGCCAUCUCCCUUUUCUCUCUGCGCCAUCCCCCCCUCCUCCUCUCUCCACCAUCGCUUUUCUCUCCUCCAUCCCUUCUCUCUCCGCCAUCCCUCGACUUCUCUCUCUUCGAUGCAAUCGUGACUUUUCUCUCUUUGACGCCAUCGUGUCUGCCUUAGACCCCUCGUUUCAACCCCUCCGCCCACCCUCGCUCACCCGCCCCUCCUUCCACUCCCUUCACGUAACAUCCUUGCAGGACUUCUCUCUCUUUGAUGCCAUCGUGUCUGCCUCAGACCCCUCCGCUCGACCCUUCCGUCCACACUCCUCCCUCACCUCAACAGUUGCUGCAAGCAGCACUGCUGCCACCCCCACUGUUCCGCCCAUUGCUCCUCCGCCCGUUGCUCCUCCCCCCAUUGCUCCUCCGCCCGUUGCUCCUCCGCCCGUUGCUCCUCCGCCCGUUGCUCCUCCUUCUAUUGGUGCAGCAGGCGGAGGAGAGAGCCCUGUGGUGGCGCCAUGCACCAUAGAACUGAACUCACACCCCUACCUUCCCCCCGCCUGUCCCCCGCAUGCCCCUACCUCCCCCCCACCUGCCCCCCCAUCAGGUGCAGCAGGCGGAGGAGAGAGCCCUGUGGUGGUGCCAUGCAACUAUAAAGCUGACUGCUCCCCCCUGCCUGUCCCCCACCUGUGCUCCCCUGCCCCUCUUCCUCCCCGUCUCGUUUCCCCCCGCCUGCCCCCACCAGGUGCAGCAGGCAGAGGAGAGAGCCCUGUGGUGGCGCCAUGCAACAAUCGAGCUUGCCUCCCGCAUACUGCACUGCACCGCUCUGCACCCCUCUGCGCCGCAGUCAGCGUUACCCAAAAGCAGCAGUGA